CAACCAGUCCUGUACCAAGUCUCCGCCCCUUCUGUCAUCUUUGUGUUGUCCUUGCCGCCCGCAGCCUAGUGCGACCUAGGUUCUGGGGGCGGGAAGCCAAAAAAGAAGUGGGCUUCGCAUUGACGAACUCUCGAACCGUCAUCCCAAUUCUUUUCCAGAUCCAUCUCCCCACCACCACCUUCGUUUUUUUUUCUGCUCUUGAGACGGCCGAGGAAUCGCUGCAUAUGCGCCCUCGCUCGCGCUAUCAGACAUGUCGGAUAGUGAGCUAAUGCUGAAUGUUGUCACAGUGGGCGGCAACUCCGUUUCCGCCUUCUUGUCGUGGAGACUUCAAGCAACCAAUGCCUGCGAUGUCACGCUCGUCUGGAAGACUGGGUUCGAGCAUGUCUCGCAAUACGGGAUAUCAUUCAAGUCGUCGAUCUAUGGUAAUGAACGGUUCAAGCCGCGACAUGUCGUCCGGACACCGGAAGAGGCUGCCUCUCGCCGAGAAGGCGCAUUCGACUAUGUUAUCCUUUGUAUCAAAGCGCUUCCCGACGUCUACGACCUGGCCUCGGUGAUUGAUUCGGUCGUCACUCCGCAACACACAUGUAUCAUCAUUAAUACGACGCAUGCGCUGGGCCUCGAGUCCGCCAUUGAGGAGCGGUUUCCGACAAACGUCGUCCUUUCUCUUGUCUGUGGUGCUGAGCUCGCCCAGCUCGGCGGAAGCGAGUUUGAACAUAAGGGCUCGACCGAGCUGUGGGUCGGCCAUGCUAACAAGAAUCCCAACAUUCCGCCCUCAAUACAAGACGAUAUGGCGCAGGCUCUGGCAAUGACACUGAACACUGGCCAAGUCGACUGCAAGGUGUCGCCCAACAUCCGUCAGCAGCAAUAUGAGCGGGUAAUUGGCCCAAUUGCUUUUCACCCUCUAACGGUCAUCUUCGAGACGCCGAAUUACGCUGCUCUUUUGGAGAAAGUCGGCGUGUCCAAGCUUGUGUCAGACAUUAUAGAUGAACUGCUUGCGCUGGCGGAAGCCCAGGGCUGCAAGUUCCCCUCAGAUUUCAAGCAGAACACCAUCGACGAGUUCGCACGCUCGACCACUGAGAACAUCAUGUGGCAGGAUUACACGGCGAGACGGCCGAUGGAAGUCGAGACCUAUCUGGGCUCGCCCAUAAAGUUGUCCCAGGAAGCCGGCGUUGGCGUGCCACGGGUCGAGACGCUCUACGCAGUUCUCCAUAACCUUAAUCUGGUUAACCGUAGCCGGCCGAAGAUCGACACCUCGGUGGCAGCACCACCACCGCCGGGGUCACCGUCCACCACGCCUUCACCGCUCCCGCGGAUGUCAGCCCAAGGCCCUCCCCGGCCAGGACCUAAUGGGGUGCCAAACGGGAACGGUAUGCCUCCUGGCAGGCCGCGGCCUAGGGGUUCGUCCUCGAUCGGGCCACCGGGGCCCGGUAUGCGUCGUCCGCCGCCCGCCAUGAACGGAGGCCCACCAAACGGGUAUCCACGGCCACCGCCGAACGGGCGUGUGCCGUCAAGGAGAGGUUCUAUGGAAGGCGCAGAUCUGGAAGAGUUCAGUCAUCUAGUGCUCUACGACGACAUCCCCGAAGGCAGUGAGGCUGGCUAUCCGCAAUCAAGCCCACACGACCUCGCGCUUAGGGAGAAGGAGUUGCAGUUGCGACAACGUGAGCUGGCCUUGAGGGAACAAGAGAUGAGGCUAAGACGAGCCGCUGCUGGCGCCGGUCCAGGGCCUAGAAGGGGACCGGGACCGGCCCCGUCCGUGCGGGGUGGCGGAGGUAUGUACGACGACGACGAGGAUGAGGACGAUGAUUAUUUCGAUCCUGGUCCCAUCCGCGUAGGGCCGAUGAUCGACCCCGAUAACUUCGACAUGAUGAGCGUUACCUCUAGGAAGAACCGGAAAACACCGAGCACCAAUCCCGCACAGUUUCGCAAGAACCCCGAACAGGAGACAGCUUCGUCUCGCAGCAAAUUCUUCCGGCCAAGUUUCGGGAGGAAUCGGUCGAGUCAAAUUAUGACUAGCACAAUCCCUUCGCUGCACGAGGACAUUAUGGACGACCCUCUGUUGGGCUUCACUUCAAACCGAUACGGCACCGUCGAUCGGGGGGCCAUGCAUGCCGGGUCGAGAGCGAAUUCUUUGACGGCUGCCCGCCUUGACGAGUUCCAGUACAAUCAGGGGCCGGCACCGACGGGAAUGAACGGUAGCGGGCCCCGGCGAGCGAGCCAGUCGCCAGGGAACCCGUACAGCCCAUCUGUUCGCGGCGUCCCGAGCGGACGUCCGUCGCCGCCGAAUGGGUAUCCCGGCCCGCAGAUGAACGGACGGCCGUCACCGCCGGAGGGCGUCCGGCAACCUAUGCCCCGAUACCCUCCGGGUCACGGCAAUACUGUUGCGCCACAGCAGGUCGAGCAGCACGCUGGGGUGAGCGCCCUACACCCACCCAAGAACAACAGUUCGCGAAGUCUGACCGGCAGUGCGAGCGCCAGCGCGGCCAGUGGUGAUUCUGCCACCCUCGGCUCGGAACCUUCGGCUCACAGCAGCCAGACCAGUCUGGGUCCUCGACCUCCGAUCGGCGUCCGUUGAGAAGGGAAGAAUUAUCAAAGCUGUCUGAGUGCAGGAUGGGGUUUCCCCGCGCUCUCGAGACACAAACCACCGAUUCCAUUUUAUUUAUGCCACGGCUGAGGGCGGCAUUCACUUGGUCUAGAAAAGAGCUAGCAUAUGCAAGCAGAACUGGUCUACGUCGGCCGGUGA